AAAUUAAUAUUUUCCCGCCAGCAGCCUGAGUGCAUGCUGCAGUGCGCGCGGAGAGAAGCUUGCUCUUGUAUCGAUGCUUGUUCAUGGGUGACGGCGUACAAGCAACCCAUAUUCAAGAGAGACAUGAUUUCGGAAUUCGUAUCUGAUGAUUAGUGCAGACCAGCGAGUGGUGUAUUGAACAGGAUAUGCUCUGAUCGAAUCGAAUCCAGGGAUCUUCCCUUCCCGUUUCAUACCGCACUGCAUGAAUGAGGGCUACGUGCUAGUAAUAGAUAGCUGGCAAUUAGGUGUAUAUAGAGAGUGUCUGUCUGUGCCCUUGUUUUUGUGGACUUCGAGCUUUUAAAAAUCCACAUUUCAACUUUGACUGUAUAGAGCAACGAAACUGAAAGGAUGAUAAAUAGACCAGUGUGAGAGCCGUGCGCCCGACCAAUUAAUUCACCCUAAGUUUGCUGUGUCUAUAUUGGCUAUGGUACUUUAGUCAACAAUUGCAAUAUACCAACGGGGUUCGAUCGCUUUCAGUUCAGUUGGUUCACUUUUAAGCUCCUAUACUGUCCAGAUACCGGCAUUCGACAAUAAUGCACAAUUAUUGUAAGGCAAUAUGGAUCGACUAGCAGCCCUACCGAGGAAAUACUCCAUUAUCAGACGAGGAAAUACAUGCAGAAUAUGAAAAUGGGCCGUUGGCAGGUUAUGAUUCGACGUCAAUGUUUAGACUCCUAUAAAUGAUUAACGGAUUGAAGAUCAGUGACACUGUAUACUGGGUCGAUUGCCAGCUUCUUCCAGGUGCCUUCAGUAUCUACAGACGACAAGAAAUGCCGUACACCCGAAGAGCGGAAAUGAUAGAUGAACUAAACUUUACUACUAACGACUUACUGCGCAGUCGGCCUCAAGACUUCUGACAUUGAAAGCGUUUCCCAAGGAACAAACAUUGGACCAAUCCUAUUCGACCGGCAUUCGUGCUUUUACUGACAGAACCACGAUGGGAGGGAAAAGACGAGCUUGCAAACUAUCUAUUCGUAAGUUAGCGAGUCUGUUCGGGGUCUGUUGUGUCCUAUAUUUCAUUAUAUCUUUCGGAUUUCUUAACCCCGAGCAAAAUGCCUCCGAAACCGAUAAAAAGUGCUUUGACGAACAAUCUGUCGUACGGCAUCAAGCUCUUCGUGAUGAUACGGAGAACGGUGUAAGCUGUCAAGACGCGGGUUGUGGACGAGUUCCAAGCCCAGAAUUGCAAUCCACCUUCAAAUCAGGCACUUGGAACUCUUUAUACAACUCACCCGGAUAUCAUAAACACUACGAUGUCAAUUGUUCUGGCAUUGUUCAUAAUAAUCAGACAAUCAUACGUCAGGCAUACGAGACAAUCCGACGGGAAGAAGUGAAGGUCCCUUGUGACGAAGAGGUGGUGAAUUGGACCAAGGAUUGUCCGUUAUACAGACGACAUCGCCGAUAUCCGCUCAGAGCGCUAUCGGUUGAAGAAUCGGAGUACCCUCUUGCGUAUAUUAUCGUUGGGCACAAGGAAGCGGCCCAAAUUGAACGUCUCCUCCGAGUUAUUUACCAGCCACAGAAUUUCUACUGUAUCCAUAUCGAUACCAAAUCUCGACCGGCUUUUCACCAAGCCAUUCGUAAUCUUGCCGCCUGUUUCGAUAAUGUAUUCGUCGCUUCCAAACUUGAGAAUGUACAGUACGCCGGAUUUAGCCGAGUGCAGGCCGAUGUCAACUGCAUGAGAGACCUCGUGAAGCACGAAUGGAAAUAUGUGAUCAAUCUUUGUGGACAGGAUUUCCCGCUCAAAACCAAUCUCGAAAUUGUCAGACAGAUGAAAGCGUACAAUGGUCUCAACGAUAUACCGGGUAUUUUCCCAGAGCAGACUCAAUGGUUUAUUGGUAGGACUAAAUUCAAACAUGAGGUUAUCCGGGGUGAAGUCAUUCGAACCAAUAUUGAAAAACCCGAUCCACCUCACAAUGCCAAAAUGUACUUUGGGAAUGCGUACUAUGCUGCAACAAAGGAGUAUGUUGUACAUCUCCUUACAGAUAAAAAAGCAAAUGACAUAAUAGUUUAUCUAAAGGAUUCACUCAGCCCGGAUGAACAUCUGUGGGUUACAUUAAACCGGUAUCCGGGGGUUCCAGGUGGGUAUCCGAACUCAACCUGGGCAUCGAAUGUUCGAUUCAUCCGAUGGACGAAUUCUGAUUACUAUGCACCGUGCGUCGGCAAGUACGUUCGAGCUGUUUGCGUGAUCGGAGCCGGUUAUCUGCCUUAUUUGUCAAGCCAACCGCAUAUAUUUGUCAACAAACUCUAUUACAGUUAUGAUCCAAUCACGUUGCAGUGUUUGGAAGAAUUCUUAGACUACAGGACGGUUUUUCCGGAAUCACUGUCUGAAUAUGUUCGGGAUUAUCCGAGCAAAAAUAUGUUUCCUUAAUUGCAAUAAUUGUCCAAGUACUAUAAAUC